AUGGCUUCAAUCUCACAUUCCCCAGCAACAUUUACUGGAAAUUUGGCUUGUGGAACUUCAGCUUCGGAUCUUCUCCAAAGCUCAAGUAAUGGUGUCAGUGGUUUGCCACUGAGAGCCCUAGGGAGGGCAAGAUUGGGAGCAAAGAGGAGGGAUCUUAGAGUCUGUGCCAAGUUAAGGAAGGUGAAAAAGCACGAGUAUCCGUGGCCCAAUGAUGCGGAUCCAAAUGUAAAGGGUGGAGUCCUUAGUCAUCUCUCGCAUUUCAAGCCCUUGAAAGAAAAGCCGAAACCAGUUACUUUGGAUUUUGAGAAGCCUCUUAUGGACCUACAGAGAAAAAUCAUUGAUGUGCAAAAGAUGGCAAAUGAAACUGGCCUGGACUUCAGUGAUCAAAUCAUCUCAUUAGAGACUAAAUAUCAGCAGGCUCUAAAAGAUUUGUACACACAUCUGAUUCCUAUACAGCGGGUGAAUAUUGCACGGCACCCUAACCGGCCCACUUUUCUUGACCAUGUAUUCAAUAUUACUGAGAAGUUUGUGGAGCUUCAUGGUGAUCGAGCAGGGUAUGAUGAUCCUGCUGUUGUUACUGGUAUUGGAACAAUAAAUGGUAAAAGGUACAUGUUCAUGGGUCAUCAGAAGGGUAGAAAUACAAAGGAGAACAUUCAACGCAACUUUGGGAUGCCUACUCCCCAUGGUUACCGUAAAGCUCUACGGAUGAUGUAUUACGCAGAUCACCAUGGAUUCCCAAUUGUUACUUUCAUCGACACUCCAGGGGCAUAUGCAGACCUUAAAUCUGAAGAACUUGGCCAAGGUGAAGCCAUAGCUCACAACUUGAGGACUAUGUUUGGUCUGAAAGUACCAGUUAUUUCCAUUGUUAUGGGGGAAGGUGGCUCUGGUGGUGCUCUGGCCAUUGGCUGUGCUAAUAAAUUGUUAAUGCUCGAAAACGCAGUCUUCUAUGUUGCCAGUCCAGAAGCAUGUGCAGCAAUCUUGUGGAAGAGUGCUAAAGCCUCUCCAAAGGCAGCUGAGAAGCUUAAGAUAACUGCUGGAGAGCUGUGCAAGCUGCAAAUUGCAGAUGGCAUCAUUCCUGAGCCACUUGGUGGUGCACAUGCAGAUCCGUACUGGACCUCACAACAGAUAAAAACAACAAUUAUUGAAACAAUGGAUGAACUUGAAAAGAUGGACACACGGGAGCUGUUAAAACAUCGAAUGCUUAAGUUCCGAAAAAUUGGUGGAUUCCAAGAAGGGAUCCCUAUUGAUCCAAAAAAGAAAGUCAGCAUGAAAAAGAAAGAAAACCCUAUUGUCCAGCCUGGGAAGACUUCAAACCUGGAGUUGGAGGGUGAGGUUGAGAAACUGAAACAACAGAUUUUGAAAGCCAGGGAGUCAUCUGGAGGGCCUCCCAAGUUGGGUCUGGAUGAGAUGGUAGACAAACUGAAAAGAGAGGUUGAUCAUGAAUAUUCUGAGGCAGCUAAAGCUAUGGGCUUGAAGGACAAAAUUACAGUUUUGAGGGAAGAAUUUGCAAAAGCAAAGAAUUCAGAGGACCAGCUCAUGCAUCUGGCUGUAAAGGUGAAGAUUGAUAAGCUUAUGGCUGAGUUCAGCCAAAGUCUGUCCACAGCUCCUAAUUAUGCAAGCCUGAGACAUAAGCUUGGCAUGUUGAAGGAAAUAUCUGAAGCCAAGAAUUUCCAAGAGAUGGACAACAAGGCAGAUUCAAUGAAGCAGGAAAUCAAUAAAAGAUUCAAACAGGUUAUUGACCAGCCUCAUGUGAAGCAGAAAAUUGAGGCACUGAAGGCUGAAAUUGAAAAUUCUGGGGUGUCUGCAGUUGAAGAUUUAGACCAGGGGCUGAAGGAGAAAAUUGUACAGCUGAAGGAAGACAUAGAGUUAGAAUUUGCUGAUGUUCUCAAGUCUUUUGGUUUACAUGUCUACCCUCCUUCAUUAUUAGAUGUCAAGGCAAAGGUAGGUCAAUUUAAUGAAGAAAUUAAGAUGAUAAUGGAAGAUGUUAUAAAUUCAUCUGAUUUGAAAAACAAGAUUGAGCUGUUGAAGAUGGAAGCAGCAAAGGCCGGGAAAACACCUGAUUCGGAAUCAAAAGGUAAGAUUCAGGCUUUGGAGCAGCAAAUAAAACAGACCCUUUCAGAGGUUAUGAAUUCCUCAGUAUUAAAAGAUAGGCAUGAUAAGCUGAAGGGAGAGAUUUCUGAUGCCCUUGAAUUUUCUGGACGAUCGAAUGGAAGUUUGAUCAAAGAAAAUCAUAACGAUGGCAAUUCAACGUAUGGUGGAUCAAAAGUAGAGACUAAGUUAGAGGCAAGCCGCAGCUUUGUCUGAAGUGAAAUGGUGAGGAACUGACAUGGCAGUCGAUCAAUCUAUUGAAACUCUAUUAUCGGUGUCUGGAAGAUGGAACUUCCUUCAACUUGCCAUCUUUUAACUGGCUUCCAGCAUAAUCUCCUUGCAGAGUCUGGAUUUUUCGUCUGCUGGAACACGAGAGUCAUUUGGAUAUCAGCUUAUAUUCCUCAAAUUUUCCCAUGUUGAAUAACUUUAUAUUUUUCUAUCACCUUCCUGUGUUUUAUUUUCCUACUUUUUUUUUUUGGUUUUGGAAGAUUAAAGCAGUCUUUCUAUUGAAACUAAUAGACACAGAACAGUGUAUAAAUUAUUUGAGUUCCAG